AUGUUCGAUCCACGAAAAUUAAUUCGUGAGGUGCAAGCACGUCCCUGCUUGUGGGAUUGUAAAGACAGCAAUUACAUCAAUCGCCCCGUGAGAAGAGUAGCUUGGGAUCAAAUAGCCGAAGAGCUCAUAAUAGACUGGCAUACAUACACAGUCACAAAUAAAAAGGAAAUUGUAAAUGAUAUACAAAGCAGGUGGAAGCAUAUGAAAGAAUAUUACUUAAAGGAAAAGAGGAAAAACACCCAUUUCGAUUCCAGUUCUGCAGUAAGGCCUAAAGUACCACAAUACUUUGAAUUGUUAAAUUUCUUGGAAGGCGUAAGCUACAAUCGAGCGAGAGAGGCUAAACUUGACAUGGAUAAGUCAAAUGAUCUAAGUUGUUUAAAUGACAUUGGAAUGAUCGACGUAGAUUCGUUUUUCCUGCCUCCAUCGCAAACGACCACUGCUACUGAAACUUGCGAUGAACUAAUAGCAGCAUUCCAAAGUUCUUCGUCAAAUAACGUUCCUACGAAAGAAAGCGUAGAAGAAGAUCCAGACAAGAGCUUUCUAUUGUCUUUACUGCCAGAAAUAAAGACGAUGACGGCUAAACAGAAAUUUGACUUAAAAUUUGAGAUUUUAUCGGCAAUUAAGAGAAUUAAGUAUGAUCCCCAACCAACAACCUUAGAUCGUAGUAAUUUUUGUCCUGAACCAAUAUCUAGCACACAAUAUGCAUUUGCAGAGAACGAUUUGCCUUUUUCCUUGCAAUAA